AAUCUUUACCUUAACUGAGCCUGUCUAUUGUCUUUUUGCAUCUACCAUAACAUAUCGUUGGAAUGUCAAAGUAAUUUCCCUUUUUCUGGACCCCUCAAAGCACAGCACCGCUCUGCGGAGACCACAGACCCCCUCAUUGUCAUUGAGUUAACUGUUAACUACAGUAGUAACUACCCUGCACCCACCUAAGUAAAAGAAGCAUAUGUCUGUCAUUGUACUUUUUAUGCAAUCCCAAUUCCCGCUUUGCUUUCUCCCACCUCCCUACUCUAUCACCAAUGAAUUUCAUGUAACCCACUUGUGUCUUCACUUUUGAUUGUAAUAAAAACAUAUAAAAUAAACUGCAAAACUGCCAUUCUCUGGAGCAUUAUCUCAGUCCAUUGAGAUUUUUGCUUCCGAGCAAUUGUCGACAGUUAGGCUCAAAUAAACUCACAAAACUUUGAAUGUUUCUUACGGUGACAACAGAUUUUGCCCAAUCUGGAAAAUGUCAUACAUGCCUUAGGUCUGGUGGAAACAGUUUCUACGGGUGGGACUGGCAAGGGCCCUCCUAGAGUCCUUGGAGGAGAGGCAGGGACAGUGCCCUUGGGAAGAGGUGGUCUGGAGUGACCCCUGCCAGCUCCCUACCACAGGGGGCUGCAAAUGCCCCCUCCUCCCCGGGGCCAGAGCAAGCCGACCCCUGUGGCCCUGGGAGGGAUGAGAGUCUGCGACCGCCUGCUCUCUGGGACUGCCUUUUGGGAGCAAACGUGAAGAAGAAGCACAAUUUAUAUAAAAACUGAAGCAAGGCCCUGUGCUGCCUGGUGGCUGAAGGAACUCCAGGUCCCGGUCCUCCUGAAUCUCCAGGUGAAACAAAUCUGGUGGAAUAUCUUCUUCCUGUAACAAGCACAAGAGUGGGACCAGAUGUGCAAGUCACAGGGCGGGGAAGCAGUGGGUGCUGCGGAGGAGCCAAGUCAGCUUCCUGCUGAUGUCAUUUGCGGCUGAAUAAAGGCCUUCUCCCCUCAGAGAAGAAGAGAGGGCAGAGCUGGGCAGGCCUGGGCCUGAGGAGCUGCAGCUUCUGGGAACCAGUGAGGCGCCCGGCAGAUGCCCCGGAGGACGAGGAAGAGGACAGCAGGUAAAGGCCUGGGGUCCCUGCUGUGCUUGCUCUUCGCUGACUGAUUUAUCUCACACCCAAGCCCCUUGAGGGACCCACACCUUCACUUUUCAGUGUGGUCUCCAGAGAGGUUCUUGCAACCUAGAAAGAUUGGCUUCUGGCUGAUGAGUCUUCCCAGCCUUAAAAGUCACCUAAGGGACUCCGCAAAGACUUACGCAAAUACGUUCAGAAGUGGAGACACACAGGCAGCUGAGAAGCAGAACAUUCAGCCUGCUCCUGGACGUGCACCACGCACCACGGUAACCAGAGUCCAUCACCAUGUCGAAGGACCAGAAUGGAACCUGGGAGAUGGAGAGCAAUGACAACUUUGAAGGCUACAUGAAGGCCCUGGAUAUUGAUUUCGCCACCCGCAAGAUCGCGGUCCGCCUGACUCAGACCAAGAUCAUUCAGCAGGACGGCGAUAACUUCAAGACGAAAACCAACAGCACGUUCCGCAACUAUGACCUGGAUUUCACCGUUGGAGUGGAGUUUGACGAGCACACCAAGGGCCUGGACAACCGCACUGUGAAGUCGCUGAUCACCUGGGAAGGCAAUGUCCUCGUGUGCGUGCAGAAGGGGGAGAAGGAGAACCGUGGCUGGAGGCAGUGGGUUGAAGGGGACAAGCUCUACCUGGAUCUGACAUGCGGUGACCAGGUGUGCCAUCAAGUGUUCAAAAAGAAGUGAUGGCCGUGAGGGGCCUGCUCCACACUCCCAGUGAAGGGUUCUUCACCAGCUUUGAGACGAAGCCGUGGGGACCCUCCCACUCCUGACAGAGCCUGUUAAGACAUCUGGAUGGGUUUUACACGGAACGAAUGUGUACCAGUGACAAACAUAUUCUCCCUUCGUUGAAACCUGGCAUUAAAUGAAAAAACAAAA